AUGUCAGAGGACUACAAGCACAAUAACCAAUCUAGCUUUGUAGUGGAGCAGAUGGUCCUCAUAGAUAUUCAGAAGUUGUUAGAAUCAAUGCAGAAGGACAUAAAGAUGUACCCACUUCCUGAUAUUGAUGACACAUAUGAUCCAUCCGGUGAUAUUCCUAGGGAGAUUUUUGAGGAGGCUAGUGUUGAGGCAACCAUUGAUGACAUGGCACUACCAAAGACCCUUAACAAGGAGCAGCAGACAGCCUACAACGAGAUUAUGUCUACCGUUGAUAGCGAUAAUGGGGAUGAGGUGACGAUGAUGAAGAGGCAAGGUGUCGAGGCGCUAGACAACAGCCUCCGUGAUAUCAUGGAGCGUCCUAACCUGCCAUUCGGGGGCAAGACUGUGGUGUUUGGUGGAGAUUUUAGGCAGGUUCUCCGAGUUGUUUGA